AGAUUUUGGAAUUCCAUAUGAAAGUAUCUCUAGUUCUUAAAUAUUAUACUUUGAAUAUAAGGGAUUGUGAGGGAUUAACGUGAAUUAUAGAGACCAUUGAAAGAUCACUAAGUAGUGAGGAUUUGAAAACGACCGUUUAGCACUCUGUCCCAUUUACACACACAAAACUUUCCCCGACUGGAACUAAUGAGUUUCCAUCUGCAUCUCUCAUAAUUGUAUGAUUUCAAUACAGACACUGAUAGGGUGAGCUCGGUCUCGUCAUUCUCAUGAAAAGAGCAACAUCAGAGCCCGGUCGUCCAACUUUUAUUAGUUUUGCAAUAAUUUUGUGUUGAGAAACGCAACUGUCAAGAGCUGUAAUUAGGGUGCGAGGAACAGAGGGUGAGCGAACAGAGGGUGGGUGGGUGCUGCCUCACCUUGCGUGUCAACCCCCCUGGGGGGUUGAAGGGGUGGUUGGGGUUGGAGCAUGCGCGUCGGGCGCCAUUUAUGAGAGGUUAGGAGACUAGCGACGGCAGUCAAGCCUUGCUCAUGUGGCGGUCUUAACGCCCCAUGGCAACCGUUGCCGGCUUAUACGGGUUCGGCGAUGACUCACGGUCGGCUGGGGCCCGUUUCGCCGAUCGCCAGCGAACUGGACCCCGUGAUGACACGUCGCUGCCAAAAAUCAGCAGCCAAGACGAGGAUGGUCCCGCAGGUCACUCUCACCAAUAUCCAGGGGUGGUUCACUUCGAACCCAUUCCACACGACCAUGACUUUUGUGAAAGGGUUGUUAUCAACGUGAGUGGACUAAGGUUCGAGACGCAACUGCGCACGCUGAACCAGUUCCCCGACACGUUGCUUGGAGACCCGGCGCGCCGCAUCCGCUACUUUGACCCCCUGCGCAACGAGUACUUCUUCGACCGGAACCGGCCCAGCUUCGACGCCAUCCUCUACUACUACCAGAGUGGAGGUCGGCUGCGACGACCCGUCAACGUGCCUCUAGACGUCUUCUCCGAGGAGAUCAAAUUCUACGAACUCGGCGAGCUGGCCACCAACAAGUUCCGGGAGGACGAGGGGUUCAUCAAGGAGGAGGAGAAGCCACUACCCGACCACGAGUUCCAACGCAAGGUGUGGCUGCUGUUCGAAUACCCGGAGAGUUCGCAGGCGGCACGGGUCGUCGCGAUUAUCUCCGUGUUUGUGAUAUUGCUGUCGAUCGUCAUCUUCUGCCUGGAGACACUGCCCGAGUUCAAGCACUACAAGGUGUUCAACACAACCACCAACGGGACAAAGAUCGAGGAAGAUGAAGUGCCCGACAUCACCGACCCGUUCUUCCUCAUCGAGACCAUUUGCAUCAUCUGGUUCACGUUCGAACUGUCCGUUCGCUUCCUCGCCUGUCCUAACAAGCUGAACUUCUUCCGCGACGUGAUGAACAUUAUCGACAUCAUCGCUAUUAUCCCCUACUUCAUAACGCUGGCCACGGUGGUCGCCGAAGAGGAGGACACGCUCAACCUCCCCAAGGCGCCCGUCAGUCCGCAGGACAAAAGCACCAAUCAGGCCAUGUCGCUGGCCAUUCUUAGAGUGAUUAGGUUAGUGCGUGUGUUUCGAAUAUUCAAGUUGUCGCGCCACUCCAAAGGGCUUCAAAUUCUCGGGCGGACUUUGAAGGCCUCUAUGAGAGAACUUGGAUUGCUCAUAUUUUUCUUGUUCAUCGGUGUGGUGCUAUUCUCGUCAGCUGUCUACUUCGCCGAGGCCGGCUCGGAGAAUUCUUUCUUCAAGUCGAUUCCGGAUGCCUUUUGGUGGGCGGUAGUUACCAUGACUACCGUUGGCUACGGUGACAUGACGCCUGUCGGAGUGUGGGGCAAGAUUGUCGGAUCGUUAUGCGCUAUUGCCGGUGUGUUGACGAUCGCGCUUCCUGUCCCUGUCAUCGUCUCCAACUUCAACUAUUUCUACCAUCGGGAGACUGACCAAGAGGACAUGCAGUCACAGAACUUCAACCAUGUUACCAGUUGUCCUUAUCUGCCUGGCACGUUAGGUCAACAUAUGAAGAAGAGUUCGCUGAGUGAGUCAUCGUCGGACAUAAUGGAGCUUGAAGAGGGUCUGCUGUUGACGCGUGACAGCAACCUCUCAACCACUGCCAACGCAACAACAACGGCCAACGCCAAAAAGCACAACAACAACUGCAACCCCCGGCAUAACAACAACAUUAACGCCAUGAGCAUCGAGACUGACGUCUGACUAUUCGUGAAGCUGGCCUGCAAUCCCUCCAUCUACACCGUAGAAGACACACGACAUACAAAUGUACAGCUAACGUGUAUAUAUGUAUAUACGUAUUAUAUGGAUAUAUACAUGGCAUGAGAUGUGCUGUCCUAUGCAUAUAAAUGCACUAGUCGAGUGCUUCAAGUGAAGAAUGUAUGUUUGAUCGAAUGAAUGCGGAUGCGUUACAUCAUUACGUUUGUAAUAUAUAUAUAUUAUAAUGAUGAUAUUAAAUUAGUGAGUGAGUGUAAUAGGCAGGGUAUGGCCAACACUAACCGACUGACUUUAAACAAAUAAAUAAUUAUUACGUAUCACUAUAUAUAUGAAUAAAGAUAACUCAAUAAUAUAUAUUAUUAAUUAUAUUAUUGGUCUUGCCAAAGAAAGUGACCGUUUUUUAUAAUAGACUUUGAAUUUUUAUAUUAUUAAUAAGAAUUGUAUUAUUGAUAGUUGUCCCUGUAGAGGGGUGACUGCUACUGGUAUAAUAAUAGGAACUGUAUCCAGGCUGCAACCAAGCUGUUGUCGUUCGGGUAUCGCAUCGCAGUCGUAUCGUAAUCGUAUCGCAUCGCAUCGCAACGCGUAUUCUGUUACUCUAGCUCGCUCAUCUACCCCUUGAUCUCGAUCUUCCCUCUUACCGUAACCAGCUAUGCUGUAUUAACAUCUUUCCAAAUUACUACUAAAUCUUUCAACUAGGAUGCAGAAUUAAUUAGGGCUCUUGUAAAUAUUUUGCUCAUGGCUAUUUUUAGCAUCCAUUCCAAAUGAAUUUCUUACAACUUUUUUACGGUUGUCCGUCCUAGUAUGUUGAUUUAUGUGUGUGCUUUGUAGCCCUCUUAGAUGAGUUUUGUUUUCGAAUCCCCCAAUUUUCUUUAGAAUGAUGGUCCUCAUGUAAACUUACCAACUGGAACCCAUUCGACAUUUUUGAAAAGCUCACAUUCAACGUGCCUUUGAUCUUAUUUGUUUUGAUUAAUCUGGGCGAAUUAUAUAUGCAUUCUAAUCCAAGUUUGUUUGUACCUACGCUUUCAAAUCCCAAAACCCAACGUUUCGUUUCAAAGUUAAACGAGCUUCAACCGGGGUUACAAAGAUAAUUAUCAUGCUCUUCAAAUAAUCUCCAUCAACCUUUCAUUGUUUUCCCUGACUAGAAUAUCAUAUAUAGAAUGACUUUUGACGUGGCGAAGUUUGGGCAGUGAUGUUCACUCUACCACUGAGCCACGAAUAGAAACAAAUGCCUCCAAGUUUUGUAUUGAAAGUUAAAAUACUCGAGUUGAACUAGUUGUAACUUGAAAAUAUAGCUCUGAAGUUAAUUCCUCAAUGGUGAAGUACCUCCCAGUUUUAGAAUCGCAUGAAAAAGGCUUUCUGUGGUAGUUAUUGGAUGAAACUGGUUCGCUAUAUGUAUUUAGUAUGUUCUCUCCUUCACACAAUAACCAUUCUGCUCGUUGAAGAGUGGUAAUUAAAUCAUAAAUAUUUCAAAUUCUUUUCAACUGCAUCUGACAUUUUACAAUGAGUUAAGUUCUUCCCUCUUCAUCAUCUCUUUUCUCAACCCUCUCUGUAUCAUACAUUACUGUAUUGAAUUGGUAGCAUCAAAUAAAAUUCAAUUACUAAGUCAAUUUCCAGUACAAAUUAAGUUAAGUUCAUUCAUACAACAGCAUAAAUUUCUUGUGCAUUUUCAUACUUGCAUUGUAAAUUGGAUAUAUUGAUAUAUAGGUAUUUUUAUGUGGAAGCUUGUGGUACCUCGUUGUUGAAUAUUGUUGAAUUGUUAACAAGACGACCGAUUUAUUCCUCAAUUUUUGUUAGCUGUUUCUCAAACAAGUUAAAUUCUAUUACAAUGUUAAUACAACAUAGAUAACUUACGUACUGCGAAAUUCACUCAAGUGUUCAAUUGUUUUGUAUGGACAUUCGCUAAUUAGUCCUUCCAAAUAUAAUAAUAGUGAUUAUUAAAUUAAUUAUUAAUAAAAGCAAUCGAUAACAGCUGUCGUGCGCCUGGCCCGGGUUCCAUCUCUUUCUACUUCUUCUCUUCAUCUUCUUCUUCUCCUUCUUUCUCUCUAAUUAUUCCUUAAUUAAAUUAAUUCUAUAUUAUAGAUUAAUGAAUAAAAUAAUCUGUUUCCUCUUCAGCCAGUUCGAUAUCGCGUUAUUCAUUAGAUACACUCCAAUAUUUUCAAGUGGCGACCGAGCAUUAUUUCAAUCAUUGUAGGAUGAUAUUAUUAUUAUCAUUCCCAAACUGAUCUCAACUAUAGUGAGAUCUACGUUAUAAUGGCAGUGUUUGAUUGGCAAUGGUUUUGCUAUCCUUGUCUAUCAUUCAACAAAGGGGAUUGC